CCCAAACAUGUCACUUCCUGGCUCAGCGCAGGUGAUUAGACAACGUUUGGAAACUGAAACUGCUGAAAGCCGUGACGACUUUAACGAGAUGGCUUGAGAAGAGUCACAGACAGACACAUUGAGAGGAAAAAAAAAACCAGAGAGGGAGAAACCAUGGCCUGUGCGCGAGUGCCGCUGGAUGAGCAGCAGGUGACCGAGCCUGGCCCGCUGGGGAGAGAGCACACACUGCCUGCACUGCACCCUGCCAGGAAGGAGGAGCGCUGUUUUGUGCCUUACAAGUCCCCACCAGAAGAUGGCUCUCCCGCUGAGGUGGAGGAGUUUUUGGAACGUGCCAAAUUCAUCACAGAGGACCUGGAGUGGCUGCUCGCACUGCCCCAUGACAAGUUCUGGUGUCAGGUGGUGUUUGAUGAGUCUCUGCAGCGAUGCCUAGAUUCAUACCUGCAUCUCGCUCCUCGCGGCCUCGACCUCUCCACCCUGCCCUCCUCCCCAGCGGUGGCCGACACGCAGCGCUCCGUCCACAGGGCGGUCUUCUUGACUUUCCUCAGGAUGGCCACACAUAAAGAGUCCAAGGAUAACUUCAUCACCCCGGCUGUGUUUGGAGAAAUUAUUUAUGACAACUUCUUGUUCGAUAUUCCCAAAAUUCUGGAUCUGUGUGUUCUCUUCGGAAAGGGCAACAGCCAGCUGCUGCAUAAGAUGAUAGAGAACAUCUUUACCCAGCAGCCAUCUUACUACAGUGACCUGGAUGAGACGGUGCCCACUGUGUUACAGGUGUUUGACACUAUCCUGGAUAAGUGUGGUCUGUACUGUGAAGGAGCCACAGCCAUGGAGCCGAUGAAGCUGAGCGCACACAAACAGCCCACUGCCAUGACCAUGAGCCAGCAGGAACUUGUAGACCUCAUUCUGUACCUGUGUGACUCAACCACCACCAUCCAUGCCUUCCUGGACAUUUUCCCUGCCGCCUGCUCCGGAUUCCACUCCAACGGUUUCCUCAGCAGACUGACCUCAUUCUACGAGACCGCUGUGCCUGACCUCGAGAAGGCGUUGAGGAAGAGAAACUUUGAUGAUAAAGGUCUUCAGGAGGAUUUGUGGAAGAGGUUGUCCCACUCCUGUCGCAAGAUGGUGGAGACGGCUCACCUGCUACUGCAUCAUACCUGUUUACAGCCAAUCCUGGAGGGGGGAGAAAACAUGCUAGCAUUUGCAGAGGAGCUCCUUUCACAUUUCACAUCUUUUCUGACUGAGAAAAGGUUCUUGACAGACUAUGAUGAGCAGUUCCCCAUCGCAGACGAUGUCAGCCUCCUACAACAGGCCCUCCCUGUCAUUGAUGAGACCCGGACUUCCUACUUGCUCCAGGGGGUGGAAAGUGCCUGGGACAGUGUUGGACGACAGAAACCACAGGUUCAGCACAAAGUCCCCUCAGCCUAUCAGGGAUCAGGUGCUGCUGCCGCUUCAGCUGGCUUUAAACUUCAGGAGGCCCGAGGGCCUGGAGGAGGAGGAGAGGGAGAAGAGAGCCUGAGGGGAGCAGAGGCCAUGUUGGAUGUUCCAAGAAUAGGAAACAAUGGUGCGGUGUGUUCAGUGAGCGGGGCAGAGCUGGAGUCUCUGCUCACAUGUAUCAGGGACCUGCUGCCUGAUUUGGGUGAAGGCUUCCUGCUGGCCUGCCUGCAGGAGUACAACUACAACUCUGAGCUGGUCAUCAACAACAUCCUGGAGGACCGCUUGGCCCCCAACCUGGACAAACUGGACCGAGCCAUGCCAAGGCCAGUGAAGGAGGAUCUUCCAGAUGUUCUGAACGUCAGAUCCAACGUGUUUGAUGAUGACGAGUUUGACGUCUUCCGCAGGGACCAGGUGGACAUGUCCCGCAUCUGGAAGGGCAGGAGGAAAGGUGAGGGCGCCCGAGAGAUGCUGAACGACAAGCAGCACAUAGCGGAGCAGAGAGCUCGUUAUCAGGCCUACGAGACGGUGGUGGACGAGGUCAUCAUUGAACCCGGUGAGAGUGCAGCCACCUAUGGCCUGGAUGACUACGACGACGAGUACGACGACACCUACGACAUGAACCAAGUGGGAGCUAAUGACCUUGAUGGAGACAGCUUACUGAACAGAAGGCCUUUCACGGUCCCACAGGUACUGAGGAAAGCUAACAAACCAGAGGAGGACGAGGAGGGUGAAGAUGAAGAGGAGGAAGAUCCUAUACCGAACAAUGUAAACAGGGACCAGUUUGUGCAGGACCCAGCUCUGCUGAGGGAGAGGGCUGAAGCUAGAAGAGCUACCAUGCAGCAAAGGAAAGGUUUCCGACCACCGCCACGUCCCAGUAACGUGGUGGGCCAACCUAAAGGCCAAGGACAAACCACGGAGACAUUCCUAGACAGACGCAAAAAGGAGGCCAACAAGAGUCGCGUGUCAAACCACAACCGCCGCUCCAUGGCCGACCGCAAAAGGAACAAAGGCAUGAUCCCCUCCUGACCCGCGUGAUCAUGACCUGCUGCUGGAACCAAACAGACUGAUGGUAGGAGGGAGGGACGGCAGGAAGGUGGCUGAGGUGUGUCAGUAAAGGGAAAGAAAAACUGGGGCUAGUUGUUAUUUUGGGUUAAAGGUUGUGAAUUUGGUGCCCCCAAUUUGUCCCCACAAUCACACCUUAGCACCAAAGUUGCCGUCUUUGCUCAAAAAGAAAGCCAGGGUUUUUUAGUUGUUGACUGAGGAAGUUGAGAGGUUGCAUUAGUUUACUGACUUUCUUUGGCAUGGCCAUAUUUUGGCCCUUUGUGAUCAGAAGCUGCCAAGCAGC